GUGACGGGUGACGCUUGCCUACGUUCGUAAGCAGGAGGACAUUGACUUUACUUAACCCUCGUCUCCUGCCGUGUGUGUUCGGCAACUAAUCAAAACAAACACCACCUGUAUCGUUACACCAACGUAUCGUCAAGCGGACAACAUGAACAACCUGAUCCGAGCGAGCGUCCGCUGUCUGCGGGCGGGCAGCACUGCGGGGUACCCGUCGAUGCGGCUCCCCGCUGGUCCGGUGUCGUUCACCGCUGCCCGGCUCCUGUGCGCCGCCACGGACAUGCAGCAGACCCUGGGGGAGAUGGUGAAGAAGGACAAGGUGGUGGUGUUCAUCAAGGGGACCCCCGCCCAGCCCAUGUGCGGUUUCAGUAAUGCGGUGGUGCAGAUCCUCCGGAUGCAUGGGGUGGACGACUACGCAGCGUACAACGUGCUUGACGACCAGGACCUCCGACAAGGCAUCAAGGAGUUCUCCAACUGGCCCACCAUCCCCCAGGUGUACCUCAACAGCGAGUUUGUGGGCGGCUGCGACAUCCUGCUGCAGAUGCACCAGAGCGGAGACCUGGUGGAGGAGCUCAACAAGAUGGGCAUCCGCUCGGCGCUGGUGGAGGCCGAGAAGGAGUCCAAGUAGCCCCGCCCCCCGCCGCCGACCCACCCGGACACUCAGAGGAACCGACUCCCAGACGAACCACGGCCACCACCUGACCGCCCGACCGGCCGCCGACCAGAGCCAAUCAGCACCCAUCUUUAUCUUAAUUUAGUUAUUUCCUGACGUGGGGAGGAAGGUACACUGAUUGGUUAGCAGGUUCCACCACUUAUCUUGAUGACGAGGGGGAGGGGGGCAUCCAACCAGGGGUCGGGGUGCCCGAACGCUGCCGUUGGUAACAUCCAAAGGUAAUAAGCGGCAGUGUCAAAUCCAACGCGAAUGCCAACUGCCACCGACCCCAGCCCCCUUUAGUAAGGAUAUGUUUACACCAGGUGGGGGUUGGUGGGGGUUUUACACCUGGUGUGUGUGCGUUGGAAACUUAACAACAAGCCCGGUGGAACCUUUUGGAGAAACGACCUACAAGUCUGAAUGACGGAGCAUUUGAAUACUAUUCCUGUCAGGGCCCUUCUCCCCCCUCGUCCCUAACCCCUCCUCCCCCCUCGUCCCUAACCCCUCCUCCCCCCUUGGCCCUCACCCCAUCUCCCCCCUUGGCCCUCACCCCUCCUCCCCCCUUGGCCCUCACCCCAUCUCCCCCCUUCCCUAGAAGGCUCUUGAUCCUGCUGUUUAUAGCACCACUUCCUGUUAGGGUUCAAACCCAGUGUGACGGCAGCCAGGAAGUGAUGUCACCGUCCCCGUCUUAUUUCUACUACACUAAACCAACGGGGAACGAUACUGUUCUGUUUAAACAGGGUCUUAUUCUUAUAUAUCGGGUUCAUUUCUUCGUUUUUUUUAAUCCCAGACAAAAGGAUUAUUUUUCUAGAUCAGCUCGGAUAUUUCCAUGAUAGUUUGCUUUUACAAGCAAUAGUAUCUUUGAAGAAGCAGAUUAGUACAUAAUAGCCAAUAGCGACACAGUAAAGUUUGCCAAUGGUUACAUCUGACGUAGUUAAAGGCGGGCUUUACUAUUCAUGCAUAACAAGUUCAUAUAAACCACUUGAUUGACAGCAGGGUGCAGCAAUGAUUACACUGUGUAUGCAAGCCAUGUUUGUUUGUAUCCUAUUAACCCUUUCCUCUCACCAACCGCAGUCAGUUGGUCAACUGUCUAAUGAAAUGGUCCAAACGCACCCUCAUCAUGUGUACACUCUCCGAAACUUAACAGUCUUCCACCUCCACCGUUUUGUUUCUCCUAGUUCAAAAUGGCGGUCUCGGAAAUGGACAAGACAACACCUUGGUGGUCUAUCUGUCUGUCCUGGUCUGUGGUCAGUUCUUUCUGUGUGAGCGCUGAAGCUCAGCGCGCUGCUUCACACUGUUGGUAUUUAAGUGACGCUUGUGGUGUGCACUGUAAGAUAAUUUAUAUUGAGAUAUUACGUGUAUUUCAGUGGCACAUUGAACUGUUUAUCAAUAAAAAAAAUAUUUUGCCAUGA